GCACGACUGGACACGACUCGGACCCGGGCUAGCCUCCUCCGAUCCAGUCUUCUCUGCUCUUCCUCCUCCGAGCGCCGGCGCGGCGCGAGGCAUGGAGGGAGGGAGCGAGCAAGCGCGCUAACUGUGAGGUCCCCCUCUCAAUUCCACACCUCAGCUCGCGCCGUCGCCUCCCCCUUUCGGUCCCCUACCUCGAUGGACUCGCUAGCUGCCGCCUGCCUCUGCUCCCGCCGCCGCCGCGCUCGCCGACUUCUCCUGGCCGCCGCCGCGGCCACAGCCGGGUACGGCCUCUACCGCCUCUACCGCCACCACCGCCGCCGUAUCGUCGCCGCCCUCUCCCUUGCCGACGCCGUCUCCCAGGUCGGUUCCGACCUCGCCGAAUUCCUCCGCUCCGACUCCGACCAAGUCCCGCGGAGCCUCCUCCAGCUCUCCAAGCUCGCCGCCUCCGAACCCGUCUCCUCUGCUGCAUCUUCCCUCUCCGAGUCUCUCGCCUCCGGCGUCCUCCGCGCCAUCUCCUCUCAUCAGCACCAAUUGCGUCAACAGCAGCAGCAAAACCCCCAAACCCCGCUCCAAGAUCGGAUCUUGGACCGCCUCCUCUCCCCCGAAGGUGCCGGAUUCGCCUCCGCUGUCGUCGGAAGCUUCGCCAGGAACCUCGUCCUGUCCUCCUGCGACACCCGCACUGCGGCGGCCGGCGACCGCGAGGAGCCGCGGUGGUUGGCUGCGCUCUGCAGCGCCACGGGCAAGGAGGCCGCCGCGGACCUCGUCCGAGUCUUCGUCAGCACCGCGGUCGCCGCCUACCUCGACCGCACAGCCGCCGUCCGCACCAACGACCAGCUGCUCACUGGCCUCUCCGACCCAAGGCACGAGGCCAAGGUCAAGGACCUGGCCGUCUCCGUCUGCAACGGCGCCGUGGAAACCUUCCUCAGGACGUCGCGGCAGCUGGCUAAGGAGGCUUCCGUUGCUCGCAUUGAGGCGUUAGCAAUGGAGCGUGUGGGGCAAAAUUCAGACACCAACUGCGUGAUCCAGAAGGUGUCAAGCACGCUGGCUGUGCCGAGCAACAGGAGGUUCGUUCUGGAUGUCACAGGCAGGGUCACAGCGGAAACUGUCCGGUCGUUCCUUGACUUCCUAGCACAGCGGAUGUCUGAUGGGGCCAGGAAGAGCAUUGUCAUCGCCCGUGAUGAGGUCGCUGAGAGGGGGCUAGUUGCCGUCAAGUACCUCGGUGCCAAGUCCAUGGCCAUCUUCACCAUCUCUGUGGCAUUGUGCAUGCACAUUUUGAUGGGAACAAGGUUCCUAUUGCCGGCCUAGCCACCUGGAUGGGUGGGAGCUGGAAUUAAAUUCGAGGUGACUGAUUACCACUUGUCCUGAUUGUAGUUGCAGAGUAAAUUAUGUAGAUUGCAAUUGAUUGUAUACUACUAGUUGUCCUUGUCUUUGGUGUGUUGGUGAAAAGUAUGAAAAGUUUAAGCUAGAAAUCUUUUGGUUUGUAGUUGGAGCUCGGUUCUUUAUGAUUGUUUGUUUGGUUGAAGGAAGUAUAUAUGCAGCUAAAAUGACACUGGCCAAUUUGGCAAUGUCAUUGUGAGGUUUGACACCUGUAGUGUUACUUUCUAGCAGCUUUCACUAGCUUGCUGUACCGGCUGUUUUUUUUCUUAAGCUGUUGAUCUUGUAAAACAACCAGACACAGCAGCAGGAGCUUGGAAACUUGACUGCUUACACUUGAAAAUUCUCUCUUUUGUAUGCUUUGUAUUGAAGGGGAAGAUGAAAUAGAUAAGUGUGAGUGGAUUUCACAUUUCCUUU